AUGAAACUAAAAAAUGGGUUACUAUUGUUUCUGUUUGUGGAGUGUGCUUUUUUCAAAGUGGACUCAAAGUGUGUGAAAGGGUGUGAUAUAGCUUUAGCUUCUUACUAUGUCAUGCCUUUAGUUGACCUCCCAACUAUAACAAAUUUCAUGCAAUCAAAGAUUGUUACCAACUCUUCUAAUGUUUUAAAUAGUUACAAUAAAGUCUUAGUAACCAAUCAUGGUAAUAUUUUUUCCUAUUUUAGAAUCAACAUUCCAUUCCCAUGUGAAUGUAUUGGAGGUGAGUUUUUAGGACAUGUGUUUGAAUACACAACAAAGAAAGGAGAUACUUAUGAUUUGAUUGCAAAUAAUUAUUAUGUAAGUUUGACUAGUUUUGAGCUUUUGAAAAAGUUCAAUAGUUAUGAUCCAAAUCAUAUACCUGUUAAGGCUAAGGUUAAUGUCACUGUCAAUUGUUCUUGUGGGAAUAGCCAGAUUUCAAAAGAAUAUGGAUUGUUUGUUACUUAUCCGUUAAGGUCUAUGGAUACUCUUGAGAAGAUUGCGAACGAGUCUAAACUAGAUGAAGGGUUGAUACAAAAUUUCAAUCCUGAUGUUAAUUUCAGUAGAGGAAGUGGGAUAGUGUUCAUUCCAGGAAGAGAUAAAAAUGGAGAAUAUGUUCCUUUGUAUCCUAGAACAGGUUUUGCUAAGGGUGCAGCUGUUGGUAUAUCGAUAGCAGGAGUAUUCGGGCUUCUAUUAUUUGUUAUUUGUAUAUAUGUCAAAUACUUCCAGAAAAAGGAAGAAGAGAAAACUAUACUGCCCCAAAUUUCUAAGGUGCUUUCAACUCAAGAUGGUAGUGGAGAAUAUGAAACUUCAGGAUCUAGUGGGUAUGGUACUGGUAGUGCUGCUGGGCUUACAGGAAUUAUGGUGGCAAAGUCAACAGAGUUUUCAUAUCAAGAACUAGCUAAGGCUACAAAUAACUUUAGUUUGGAUAAUAAAAUUGGUCAAGGUGGAUUCGGAGCUGUCUAUUAUGCCGAACUCCAAGGCGAGAAAACAACAAGAAGGUUGAAAUGUGCAGCCAAACAAACCAUCAAGAAGGUUGAAAUGGUUUGGAAUGUGUAUCUUUAUGGAAAUUGUGGGAAUCAUUUCAUUUGGUUCUAA